CUUGUAAAAGUGUCUGUAGUGUUUGGAGGUUUAGCGAGAAGGAACAGCAGCUUCGCCGGAGGCUGGAAGUCCUUUUGAAGUGGUUGCAACGGUCCUUGGCAGUCCCUGGGCACCCAGGUGACCUCGUGCGAGGCCAGGGUACCUUCAAGCUGCUAGGACAACCUCACGGCCGACAAACUCAUUUACACGCCCGACUAUCGCGAAGAUGUCAUGUUAUUUAGAGUUCGGCAUCAACGGGUGGUACUGAGGGGUCUAGUCCAGCCUCUAGCCCUGCCUCAGCAACAAGUCUCACAAUGGCUGCACCAAAAUAUGGUACCUUGGUUCCAAAUCGUAUCUUUGUAGGCGGUAUUUCUGCUAAUACCAGUGUAGAAGAACUUGCUGAGCUUUUCUCCUCUUAUGGCAAUGUAAAGGCUACAAAAAUAAUUGCUGACCGAGCUGGUGUUUCCAAAGGUUAUGGAUUUGUUACAUUUGAAACUGAGGAAGAAGCUAAAAGACUUCAGCAAGAGUCUGAAUGCAUUGUAUUAAGGGAAAGAAAAUUAAAUAUAGCACCUGCAAUUAAAAAACAACCUUUCAAUAGAUCUUUGGAUGGUGGUUCUGGCUCGCCACCCUCUGUGCCUACUAGUACUUACUAUUACCCAAAUGGUAUGGGGUUGACAUACCAAAAUGGCAUGACAUUUUAUAACACAACAGCUCCAACACCAACGACACCAAUUGCUCCACCGACCGAUCCAGCAACUAUUUAUCAAGCUACUGGAGUGUUCGGACCACAAGCUGCUGGUCAUCAAACUUUCACGCCUGUGAUGUACCCGUGUCCUGCUCCAUCUCUUUACAUGCCACAACAGUAUCAGUAUUCGCCUAUGCCGUACGAGUGUUAUGCAGGGGCAGUCGCCGCCGGAGCUCAUCAGUACUUGUAUCCAACGAACAACUCGCAGAACAGCACGAGUGGCGGUAACAGUAAUUCCGGAAGUGGUAACAAUGGCACAGGGGCGACGAGUCCACCAACGGGUCCUCCACAGCCAAUUCCAUCUUUACCCCCUCCGCCACCGACGCAUUUCUAUCCUUCUGCCGCUCCACCGCCGCAUCAUCAUCCACCGGUGCCUGCAGGUCCUGCGCCUCCUCAGAUGGACCACAUUUAUUAUCCAUUCGCAGCUGGGCCCCAUCCACCUCCUCCACCGCAUGCAUCCAUGGGAUUGACCGAUCAGCAGCUAUUACUUUUCCCUACUGAUGCCUCAUGUCAACAAACGUCUUCGUCUGAUGGUCAGGUUGCUCCUCAGGAGGAUUCUCGUUCGACAUCAAGCCACUCGGAGCAAGCGCAUGGUGAAACACAGGCUGCUUCAGGUUCAGCCACACCCUUGGUGUCCUUAAUGCCCGUGAAAUUUCCCAUGUCCGGUCGUUACACCAAUUAUCAUCCAAUCGCUAUACAUACCGCUAACUUGUACAGUUCCCAGACAUGUUUAAAUGAAACUGACGAUUGCAGUGGCAAUCAGAUGCAUUGCAGGGCAAUCGUGUAUCAUCCGGCAGCCGUUUACAUUCCUCACACGCAUACAUCUCCAUUUCAUAACGCAUCCGGUGGUACCAGCCUGUUGCCAACACCCCCGUCAAUAUCACAACAGUUAUUCGAUUCUUCGAACAAGAAUCAGUGUUUCAAUUCCAGAGAUUACACGAAAUCCGGGAACGUGAACGGCCAAAAUAACUACUCGAAAUCGCAGAAUCAUGGGAUCGCGUUGUCUCAUCAGAAUCCAUUCUUUCGAGCUCAAAAUGUAGGGAAUUCUCAACCGUACAAGCAUAGUAACAUAGAUGGAAGCUAUAAGUACACGACGCCGGCGAUGAGUUCGCGAUUCUCCAUGCAGUAUAGCAAAAAGGCGGUUGGCUCGAACGUGGGCUCCCCGGCUUCCUUCGUAGCACAAAGAUCAUCGGAGAAUUACAACCAAAAAUCGUUUGGUUCGAAUACAACCAGCGGUCAGCAAUAUAAUAGUACGAAUACACAGAAAAUGUUUAAUUCAGCGGCGAAUUUCGAUUACGCUAACGGCCGUAAGACUAAUAGCGGCGGUGAUCAGUAUUUCGAGAACGCGACAAAACCGAAUAACUAUCCUAGCCGUAAAAAUACGACGAACUAUAGAAACAACGGGGUGAUCGCCGGACAAACCGAUGGAGGUAACAAUUCCAAUAGUCAGUCAAAUGAUAAAUACGUGACUAAUAUCGAAAACGAGAAUAGUAAUUCGCAGGGUGUGCAAGGGACGGAGAAUAGUAGUUCGGAGAAGCCGGUGAGCCCACCGCCAGCGCCGUAUUCGCCCAUGACAAGACCCCUUCCAAAUUUGUCACCACCCACCUCCCAGGUCCAGUUCUACAAUCCGGCGCAAAACCGCUAUCAGCCAUCCUUAGCCCCGUCCCAGCAUCAGCAGCAGCCACAACAGUCGAACGCUCAACGUCGGUACACCAUCGCCCCUGCGUUGACCGCGAGCAGAAAACCGACGGAGAAGUACGCGAAUUCCAAUUCCCAGGCAGCUACCACAACGAUGUUACGGCAGAACAAGUACAAGGUCAAUGGAAUAAUACAGGCCGGUAACAAAGUAGCGGACGAUAGUCUUGGAGGAGCCGGUGAUGCUCCACCAGGCGUUGGAAGAAUGCCGAUAACACCGCCCGGAACGCCAAGGACUCAUCCGGGUCAUCCUGCUGGCGACCAAGGUCAGCUGAGCGACGCGUGCCAUCAGAUGCAAGCUCUGACCCUUUAAAAUUCGUUCUCUCGAUAUACAUUAAUAACAACACGUAUGCGUACACAGGCUCGAUUCGUUUUUCCUCCCUUUCUUCUUCUUUCGGUCCUAACAGUACGUGUAAUAACGGUACGUACGUACCGUUUAAUAUAAUAGGUUAGUGACAGGUAGAUAAAGAUAUAGUUAGGUAGGUAGAUAGAUGCAUCCCGAUUUCGAAGCCGUAUGAAUGAGAAGAAAUAAUAAAUUAAAAGAAACGUGUCGAUUCACGAACGAUCCCAAUAAUUAAUAUAUUUUGAAAAAAAAACCUGCAUAGACAGCACGAAUGCGAAUGAACUUGAACACAUUCGAAAAUACACAUUUGCUCUAUUCUCUUGUGAUCUCAAUCCCAAAUCUAUAGAAAAAA